CGAUAUUCAUAGCAUACCAAACGCAACGCUGCCAGUCUCCCUUGUCUCGCCGUGAACGAGAAAAGGAGGAGUUUUUAGAAACAUUGGGUUAUAAGUAUUUGUAACAAACUUGUUGCUGAACCAGCUGCUGUUUUGGGCUUUGAUUGAGAUUAUGAUGCACAAAAGGAUAGGACAUAUGUUUGAUGUAGGAUUUCCAGCAAGACAUCGCAUAUAAGAAAACAUCAUAAGCUGUUUUCCCCUUUCUUCGAUGUUCGUCUUGUGCUGGUUGUUCUUUGGUAGAAAGUCUUCUUCUUCCUUUUUUAUCCCUGACACUAUCAAUGUUCAAGAAGCUUUUGUUAAAGCCCCAUGAGUCAUGACACAGGGGAUGAAUCAUGCAUUUGGAAAACUACCUGAUCAUCUCCUCAUAGAAGUCUUUUUAAGGAUACCAAUUUGUGAGUGGGCUCAAAUCUCAUGUGUCAGCAAGCAAUGGGCUUCUAUAUUCCGAGGCGAAAGCUUGUGGCAAACUGCCAUUGCCCGAACCUGGCCUUUUGCUAGUCAUAGGAAGCGUUGGCCGGGUCCUAUUCCCCGAGGCUCAUGUCGAAGGAGAUAUGCAGCUUUAUAUGCUAGUGAACACAUCAUUGCACCAGGUGUUGAAGCUGAUGAGCUCAUAGGCCAUGCUUUUCUAUUUCUGAAAGAACAACUUGAACGCUCAAUUUUGCCUCCUCCAUCUAGUAUUCUUCAUGGUACCAUAAUUGAUCAAUUCAUUGCCUGUGGUAAGUCAAAAGACAAUGCCCAUGAACUUGCUUCACAUAUCUGGCUAGCAGUUAUCAACAACUUGGAAGAAAACCAACGUACAUUUAUCCUACUUAAACGCCUCGCUCAAGAAGGAGAUUUCGUCCUUCCAUAUCCAUACUCGCGAUCGUAUAAAGUACUGUGGAGAGUGUUUGAUAAGUUGUUCACCGACUUCCGCGACUGCCUCAAUCGUGUGGACUACUCUGAAUUACUAUCAUGUGCAAAGUCUUUGUUCCAGCCGUUACCAUCUUCAUGGUUGGGCUACUAGACUAGAAAUUUUAAUUAACCAUGCUUUGUUGUGAUAUAUAUAUAUAUAUAUAUAUAUAUAUAUAUAUAUAUACCCAAUAUAAACUGAGACUGCAGGAAAUCAAUCGGCAGCUCCAAUUUUAGUAGCAGUGUCAUUUUUAUUGCUUGUGCCAAUUUGGGGCAAGACAUACUUUUGACCUCAAUGUGAUCGUCUUUGAUCAUGUAAAUAUAUUGGUUAUGUGUUAAUAAAAUGUGAAACAUUUACUCA